AAAUGAGAGAAAAAAUCAUUUUAAAGAGUUUCUGCUGCUUGGAGUUUGUUUAUGCUCUCUUCUUGUAUCUCUGCCUGCACAUAAUCAAUUGAUAAGCACGAAUGUGAGGGAACAACAUUGUGGUGGAGUGUUGUGGUGGUUGUCCCUGUGCUAUAAGGUGCGAAUGCUCCCCAUUCGUGCCAUUUAUCCAUUCUGCGAUAGUCUCUCAGUGAAACCACACGCGCUUUUAUCCAUUUCUUCUGCAAAUAUUUUCAAUUUUUUCUUUCUAAUAACAUUUUCCGCGUAAAGAUGCAAUUUGUCGCUUUGGGGCUUCUUAUUCUUGCAUCUGUGACAUGUGGGAGUUACCGUGAUUUGCAUCCUGGACGUUUUUGGGUUGUUCGUUUGCGUGAAGGUCUAACAGAUUGGGAUGCUGGACAAUUGGCACAAAUGAGUGGCUACAGAGUGUACAGGAAGGUGACUGGCUUCCCGGAUAUUUUUGUCUUUGAACGCCAAGAGAGGGCUUUUGUGAAUCCCAAUGGGAAACGUUCGGAGAGUGCUGGAGUGAGGGAUCUCCGUGAGAUUGGGGAAGUUAUGUGGGCAGCACAACCGGAACGACUUAAGCGCGAUAAGAGAAGUAUUCUCAGGAUUUUUGAUGCGCCUGACAAUGCCCUGGAGGAGGAUUAUCCACAGCAGUACGACGAUGAGCCUCAAUGGCCUGAAUUUAAUGAUGAAUUGUGGCAACAUGAAUGGUAUUUGAAGGACACAAGGAGCCUUCCGGGACUCCCAAAAUUGGACCUCAAUGUCCUGCCAGUGUACGAACGAGGGAUAACGGGGCGUGGGAUUCGUGUAGCCGUCCUGGAUGACGGUGUGGAGUACACGCAUGAAGAUCUAGCGGAGAAUUAUGAUCCCGAAAUUAGUUGGGAUUGCAAUCACGACACUCCCGAUGCUCGACCGAAUUUCCAGGAUCACGUCAACAGCCACGGGACACGGUGUGCCGGUGAGAUAGCCAUGGUGGCGAAUAAUCGCAAAUGCGGCGUUGGCAUUGCCUUUGGGGCCAAAGUGGGUGGGAUUAAGCUCCUCGGGGGUCAUGUGUACGAUCUAAUUGAGGGCAUGGCUUUGGGGUUUGCUCACGACAAAGUGGACAUCUAUAGUUCCUCAUGGGGCCCAACGGAUGAUGGGAAAACCGUCGAGAGACCCGGUCUCCUGGCACGGGAAGCCAUUGCGCGAGGCGUAAGAAAGGGGAGGCAGGGAAAGGGCGCAAUCUUUGUGUGGGCAAGUGGCAAUGGGGGCAGUCGGAGUGACAAUUGCAACUGCGAUGGAUACGCUGGGAGUAUCUACACCGUAACCGUUGGCAGUGCAAGCCAGCAUGGAACUAAACCGUGGUACGGUGAGGUAUGCUCAUCAAUCCUCACGGUCACCUACUCCUCAGGGGCGUAUGAGGAUCAAAUGAUAACGACAACGGAUGUGGGGAACAAGUGCACAGUACGACAUACAGGAACUAGUGCUUCUGCCCCAUUAGCAGCUGGAAUAAUUGCCCUGGGACUGGAAGCCAACCCCAACAUCACCUGGCGCGAUGUUCAGCACAUAAUCGUCAAUACAGCCGAAUAUAUUCCACUGCAGGCAAAUAAGGGAUGGACUGAGAAUGCUGCUGGUCUCCUGUACAACAUCCGCUUUGGCUUUGGCCUCAUGAAUGCCGAUGCUUUCGUCACAGCAGCCUCCACGUGGAUGAAUGUUCCCCCUAAAAGCACCGAGAUCAUCCUCCCGAAGGAUUUUGCAGCGCCACGCAAUCUCUCCACGAGUAUUGGGACCAUUUCCGUGACAUUUGAAAAUGCAACAGGACGCAUUCGCUACUUGGAGCAUGUGGAAGUUCAAGUGGAUUUGGGCUACACUGAACGUGGGGUCCUUGAGAUCUUUCUCACAUCACCGCGUGGGACGAAGGUACAAUUGCUCACGAAGAGGAAUCGCGAUAAGUCCAAAGAGGGUUUUCGUCCGUGGAUUUUUAUGUCUGUCGCCACGUGGUCAGAGGAUCCGCGUGGAAUGUGGGAGGUGCAAAUUCUCGACACGAGCCCUUUGGGGAUUUUCAAUUCCGGCUCAUUGAAUGAUUGCAAGCUCAUUCUGCAUGGAACGGAAGAGAUUCCUCCACAUCUCAAGGAUGGCCCCCGUGUGUACAACAUGAACUACGUACGACGCGUGUAAGAGGUCAUACAAUUCAAUGUUUUAUAGAUAAAUUUAAUAAAUUCUUAUUGUAUAAAUUUUUAAUGUUCGUCAGAUAAAGAAUGAUCAGAUAAAGA